AUGCCUUCCGCAGUAAACGGUGCCAAUGGGGCCGUCAUACAUGCUCCGGAUAAACCCACCAUGAACCAGACGGUCAAUUUCUACACAAACUUGGUGGGUUUCACUGUGAAAUCGGAAAAGGCAUCCUCGGCCGUGUUGCUUGCAAAGGACAAAUUGACAACGAUGAGAAUAGACUUGUCUGACGAGAUUACUCCUCAGGAAAUUGCCGACUUGAAGGACAAUUGGGCCAGGCUGCAUGCCCUGGUGGACUGGAGGUCCCAGAUGUCCCAUUUGACGUUUGCAGUGACCGACUUAAACGAUAUUGUGUCUGCAUUGAUGGGCCAAAGCGUCCCUUGUCAGAUGUACCCAAACGAGUUGUACCCCAGCGAGGUAUACGCUAUUGAUCCAUUGGGUAAUUUGGUUGGUUUCACAAGCGCCCACAACGCUCUAAGCUUGAUUCCACCCGUGAGCAAAUUGACCAUCGAUGAGUACCAGGGAACGACAAUGAGCUCAGCGGCGUCUGAGGUGUCGAGAAUUUUGGGCGACGAACAUGCUCUGAGAAAUAUUGCCGUCAUGACUUCGGGUGGUGAUGCUCCGGGUAUGAACGCUUUUGUACGUGCUGUUGUGCGUGCUGCUAUCUUCAGGGGAUGCAAGCCUUUUGCUAUCAUGGAGGGCUACGAAGGUCUUGUUAGAGGUGGUCCUGAUUACAUCAAGGAAAUGCACUGGCAGGACGUGAGAGGUUACUUGACUGAAGGUGGUACCAAGAUUGGCACUGCUAGAUGCAUGGCUUUCAAAGAAAGAGCUGGCCGCAUGAAGGCAUGUAAGAACAUGAUCGCUGCUGGAAUUGAUGCUCUUAUCGUUUGUGGUGGUGACGGUUCCUUGACUGGUGCGGACUUGUUUAGAUCUGAGUGGCCUUCAUUGAUUAAGGAAUUGCUAGAAAACGGCGAUAUCACUCAGCAGGAGUACACCAGACACAAGCACUUGAAUAUUUGUGGCGCCGUGGGUUCUAUUGAUAACGAUAUGGCCACCACCGACGCCACAAUUGGUGCUUAUUCUGCUUUAGAUAGAAUCUGCAGAGCCAUCGACUAUAUCGACGCCACGGCCAACUCCCAUUCUAGAGCAUUCGUGAUUGAAGUCAUGGGUCGUCAUUGUGGGUGGCUAGCAUUGAUGGCCGGAAUUGCCACCUCUGCAGACUACAUCUUCAUCCCAGAAAAGCCAUCUUCAUCCAAAGACUGGCGAGCGCAGAUGUGCAACAUUGUCUCGAAGCAUAGACAAAAGGGUAAAAGGAAGACGAUAGUUAUUUUGGCCGAGGGCGCCAUCACAAGCGACCUUCAGCCUAUUUCUGCCAACGAAGUCAAGGAUGUCUUGGCGAAGAGUUUGGGCUUAGAUACCAGAGUCACCACUUUGGGUCACGUCCAAAGAGGUGGUAACGCUGUCGCUUACGACCGUAUCAUCGCCACUUUCCAAGGUGUUGAGGCUGUGAGAGCAGUCUUGGAGUCAAGCCCAGACACUCCUUCACCAUUAAUUGGUGUCAAGGAGAAUAAGAUCGUCAGGUUGUCUUUAGUUGACGCCGUCAAGAUCACGAAGUCGGUGGCAGCUGCUAUUGAGAAGCACGACUUUGCCAAAGCUAUGGAUUUAAGAGACUCGGAGUUUGUUGAGCAUUUGCACAACUUCAUGGCUAUCAACUCCGCCAACCAUGAGCAGCCCUCUCUUCCCAAGGAACAGAGAAGAAGAAUUGCCAUCAUAAAUGUUGGUGCUCCUGCUGGUGGUAUGAACAGUGCAGUCUACGCCAUGGCUACCUAUUGUAUGUCUAGGGGCCACACUCCAUACGCUAUCCACAACGGUUUCUCCGGAUUGGCUCGUCACGAGUCUGUGCGCUCUAUUGACUGGCUAGCGAUUGAGGGAUGGACAUCCAUGGGUGGAAGUGAAAUCGGAACAAACAGAAAUACCCCCGAGAGCACGGACUUGGGAUUGAUUGCAUACUACUUUGAGAAAUACAGAUUUGAUGGUUUGAUACUCGUUGGUGGUUUCGAGGCGUUCGUUUCAUUGGAGCAGUUAGAGAGAGCCAGAGCAAUGUACCCAUCAUUCCGUAUUCCAAUGGUGCUCAUUCCAGCUACCAUCUCCAACAAUGUUCCAGGCACAGACUACUCCUUGGGCUCCGACACAUGUUUGAAUUCUUUGAUGGAAUAUUGUGAUGUCGUCAAGCAGUCUGCCUCUGCCACCAGAGACCGUGCUUUUGUCAUUGACGUGCAAGGAGGUAACUCGGGGUACAUUGCCACUUUUGCAUCUUUGGCAUGCGGCGCACAAGCAUCUUACGUUCCUGAAGAAGGUAUUGAUUUGGCCCAGCUAGAACUUGACAUCAAGUCUUUGAAGGAAUCCUUCACCGCCGAACGUGGUCUUGCCAGAACAGGCAAGCUUCUAUUGAAGAGCACCAAUGCAUCGAAGGUGUUGACCACCGAAGUGUUGGCCGAGAUCUUCAAGCUGGAGUCCGACGGCGUGUUUGACACCAAAACCGCCAUUCCUGGCCACGUCCAGCAGGGCGGCUUGCCAUCGCCGGUGGACAGAACGAGGGCCACCAGGUUUGCAGUGAAGGCGGUGCAGUUCAUUGAGGACAACAGCGAUGUGAUCAGCAACUACAGAGACGAGCUCGACUUUGCCAUUGACGACAAGCAGUUGUCAGACACGGCAGCGGUGUUGGGUAUAGUUUCGUCCCACUUGAGGUUCCAAAGCAUCAGACAGUUGUAUGACUUUGAGACGGAGGUGGGCCGCAGAAUGCCCAAGAGGAUACACUGGGCCAGGGCUAGAGAGAUUGCCGACCUGUUGGUUGGCAGAACGAAGAUCACGAAGAAGGCAUAA